AUGAGCAAUUUGCCAGACAACAGCGGCGUGGGGUCGCUUGCGCUUGACAGAGAGCGUGUCACAUGUCUUUUACUUAUUAACACCCAAUUGAUGAAGAAAGCCAUCAACAUCUACCACAACAUCUUGUGCAACCAGCAGACACUUCAACAAAUGCCACAGCAGACGCGUCAAAGUGCCAUUGAUCUGUACCAGAACUGCACGCGUCGACUCCAUUGCAACUUGACUGUGUUGAACUAUAUUCAUGAAAAAUACCACGCGGACCCAUCCCAGGUUUCACAACAACAGAACAAGGCCAGCUUUCCUAUCAUUUUAUCGGCCCCACAAGACACUCCAGAGCUUAUUCAACUAUACACAAAACUUCAGGAAUUGUAUCCGGAAGCUUUGCAGUACUUGAAAAUGAAGCUUCAACAGAUGAGAAAACUGCAGUUCCAGAACCAACCCAAUCAGAACCAGCAGCCCCAGCAAAGUAGGCCAUCUUCAUUUUCACAACAACAACUACCUCAGCGUGGCCAACAAAUGCCACAGCGACAAUUAUCUCAACAACAAAUCAACAAUCUCCAGCAACAGCAGCAGCAGCAGCAGCAGCAGAACCCUAUGAUGGCCAGUAAUUCACCCAUGCUCGGCAACGUCAACACCAUAAACCCACAAUCUACAUCUGGACAACCAGACUUCUUGCAGCAGCAGCAGCAUUACAACAAUGGAUUCAACGGGCAGAACCAGAAAUUCGGAGGUAACAUCCCUCAGCAACAGGGACAGCCUCUGGCCAUAUCUCCGCAACAGAUUUUGCAGCAGAUGAAUAACGGCCCGUUGGGAGGUUCCGGAAACAUGAACUCCAACUUGGCAGCUGGAAACGGCAACAACAAUAACAUGAUGGACUUCUUCUAA